CAAACCCCCAACACACUCACACAUACUUACGCAUUAUUUAUCAGCAGUGAACAAAGAAAGCCAAAUGCACAGUGUAAAUAUUAUUAACAAAAUUAAAAAAAAGAAGAAAAUAAACAAAAGUCCAAUUUUGUUUUUUUUUUUCACUUCUUUUCAUUUUGCAUUUAAUUCUGUUGUUAUGUGAGAUUACAAAGCUGCUUCGGAGCUAAUGACAUGCAGCAAUAAAAACAAAAACAACCAAGAAGAAGAAGAAAACAACAACAAGUGUUAAGAAGUCCAACUGUUGACACUCAAAACCACUUUUUCUACUGUCAAAGUCAAGUCUAGUCAGCAAAAAAAAAAAAAAAAAACAAGACCAGAAAUUACCAACAACAACGCCAUCGAAAUGUGGAUUAAUUUUUAUUUGCCAUAAUAAUUUAUGGGAAAGAGCAACAACAACAACACCACCACCAACAUAAGUAUUUCUAUUUGUUUAAAAAGGUUAUGAACAAAAUCCCACUCUCAAUUUUUCUCGUUGAUGUCUCAUCGUUUGGUUUGGUUUGUUAUUCAUUGAUAAUACAGCUGAGUACUUGAGAACGACACCCAGAGAGAGAGAGAGAGAGAGCAACAACCUCUCCUACUCUCAAAAUACACACAAACAAAACAAAAACAGAUCGUUGCUCAACGGAUUUUAGCAAACAGUUGACAACUUUCAAGGUUGGGCCAUCGUUGUUCUGAACCACCUGAAACAGAAACAGAAAAUUCUACGACGGUACGACAACGACGACGACGGUAUAUCCAGUUUUGUGUUACGUUUCCGGUUUACCGGUUCCUGCGGCGGCGUCAUGACUUCACAGCAAUGUCUGUGCAUCAAACGGUUUCUAAUUAUCGGCAUCGGAUUUCUAUCGAUCCUGGCCGGUCUCUAUUUGUACCUGAAUUGGAUAGACAUGUUUACGGAAAUGCGUGGAAAGGAAAUGGCUUUGAGCCCCACCUCACCCACCUACGAUGGCUGGAAGGUAUCACCCCUGCCACUGGACUUUGAUGUGUAUCUAUUCAAUUGGACAAAUCCCGAAGAUUUCUACGAGGGAUCGCCACGAAAGCCUCGUUUCGAGCAAUUGGGCCCCUAUAGAUUUCGUGAAACGCCAGAUAAAGUCGAUAUUGUCUGGCAUCCAAGUAAUUAUUCGGUGUCGUUUCGAAAGAAGGCCACGUUUCAAUUUGACCCGGAGGGCAGCAAUGGAACGUUGGAUGAUAUUGUAACAACUGUGGAUACUGUGGCGCAUUCUGCCGCUCUGCGAGCCAAAGAUGCCAAUGGCUUUCAAAAGGGCAUUCUAGCCAUGACUCUUAGCAGUCGCCAGGUGACGGUGACCAAGACCGCCAAUGAAUGGCUUUUCAAGGGUUACAAAGAUCCGCUGGUCACAAUCGGAGGAUUUGUGGCGAAAUUCGUAAAAGAAGUUGAGGUUCCAUACGAUCGUAUAGGAUGGCUAUAUACGCGCAACGGUAGCUCCACCUAUGAUGGCCACUUCAAUAUGUUUACGGGCGCCGAUGAUAUUGCCAAAAUGGGUCAAAUCUAUAGCUGGAACUAUAGAACUCAUAAUGGCGCCUUUCCCGGUGCAUGUGGUCGAGUACGCGGCUCAAUGGGUGAAUUUUUCCCACCCAAUUUAACACCGAAAGAUUCGGUCUGGAUGUAUGUGCCAAAUGUAUGCCGUGCAGUGCCAUUGGAUUAUACCGAAACGGUCAGCGUGCAUGGUGUGACGGCUUACAAAUACAGUGGAACUGAGAGAUCGGUGGAUAAUGGUACCAUUUAUCCCGAAAACAAAUGCUUCUGUGUCAACAAUAAAUGUGAAGCCUCCGGAGUCUUUAGCAUAGCUCCCUGUAAAUAUAACUCAUCGAUUUAUAUGUCCUAUCCCCAUUUCUAUAAAGCCGAUCCGAUAUACCUGGAAGCCAUUGAAGGUUUGAAGCCGGAAAAGGAGAAACAUGAAUUCUUUAUGACCCUCGAACCAAAUGCCGGUGUACCCAUGGAUGUGGGCGGGGGCUUUCAGGCGAAUUAUUUGAUGGAGCCAGUGGCGGGGAUAAGACCCUAUCACAACAUCCCGCGCACCUUCAUACCGAUAAUGUGGGCCGAAGAGCGGGUACGAGUCACACCAGAAAUUGCCUCAGACAUUGCGCUGGUGCCGUUGAUUGUCUUGAUUGGCCAGCUAAUAACGGGUGUACUCUUCGCCCUGGGUGCCAUUAUGAUCUGUUGGUAUCCAACGAAAUUUGUCACCCACCUCUGUCAAGAUCCCAAGGGGAAAAAUGUCCUCCUCAAAACAUUCUCACGAAGUAGCGCAACAACGACGGUGACAAGUGCGAGUGUGACAACAGCCGCCAAUGCCGCAGCUCCCAAUAGACAUAAAGAACAGGUGACUUUGCUGGAGCGUAAUGUGGGCGGCGUUAGUCUACUGCGUGCCCAGGGUUCCCAAACGGAGGGUUUACUUAGUAAUACUUCUUCACGGACCAGUUCAACUGAUGUGAUAACCUGCUGAAGCGCGGUGCGUAGGCAACAACAACGGCGGUGGUGGUGAGCAAAGGAAUUCAUUGGAUGAUGAGGAUGGGGGAGGUGAUUUAAGAUGUUUUGCUGCAAAAUUACCGGUGUGAAAUGUGGUUAAAUUUGGAACGCUUUACAGGUUUAAUAUGUCCUCUUCUAUUGAGAAGACCUUGUCAAGAUCUUAUAUGGAAAAGAUCUCCCCAUUGUCUUCUAUGGAAAAUACUUUCCCUAGAUAUUCUCUAUGGAAAAACCCUUUUCCAGAUCUUCUCUGUAAGGAAGUCCCUCUCCAGGUUUUCUUUAUGGUCAAGACCCUCUACAAGUCUUCUCUAUAGUCAAUACUAGGAGAGGGUCCAAAUCUUCUCUGUGGAAAAGUCCCUCUCCAAGUCUUCUCUGUGGAAAGGAUCUUUCCCAGGACUUGUUCUAUGAAUAAGACCCUCUCCAGAUCUUUUCUGUGGAGAAGGCUCUCUCUAGGUCUUGUGUAAGGUGAAGACCUUUUCAAUAGAAAAUACCAUUUCAAGGUCUUGUCUAUAGAGAAUAUAGAAGACGUCUGGUAGGCUUUCUCCAUAGAAGACCUCUCGAAUGUUUUCUCCAUAGAAGAACUUGAGGAGAUCAUCUCCGAAGAAGACCUUUAGAAGGUCUUUCAAUAGAAGGCUUCUAGAAGAUACGUUUUUUUAUAGAAGACCUCUGGAAGGUCUUUUUUUUAAUAGUAGACCUAUGGAAGGUCUUCUAAAUAGAAGACCCUCAGACAAGACCAUCUGCAGGUCUUCUCUAUGGUCAAGAUCCUCUCCAGACCUUCUCUAUGGAGAAGUCCCUCUCCACAUCUUCUUUACAGAGAAAGAAUCUUUUCCAGUUCUAGGUUUUCCCUGUGAAGAACACCCUCUCCAGGUUUUCGCUAUUGACAGACAAUACUCUCUUCAGGUCUUCCGUAAGGAAAAUACCUUCUCCAGGACUCGUUCUAUGGAGAAAACUCUCUCCACGUCUUCUCUGUGGAAAGGAUGCUUUCCAGGAUUUGUUCUAUGGACAGGACCCUCUCCAGAUCUUUUAUAUGGAGAAGGCUCUCUUCAGAUCUUAUGUAGGGGAAAGACCUUUUGCAAGUCUUCUCUAUAGAAAAGACCAUUUCCAGGUCUUGUCUAUAGAGAAUAUCUUCUCCAGGACUUCUCUGUGGAAAAGACCUUCUUCAUUUCUUCUUUAUGGACAAGAACUUCUCAAGGUCCUUUCUAUGAACCUAACACUGUCGCAGGUUUUUUCCUAUAAAAAUACCUUAUCCAGGUCUUGUCUAUGGACAAUAGCCUCUUCAGGUUUUCCCUAUAGAUAAUACCCUCUUCAGGUCUUCCCAAUGGAAUAGACCAUUUCCAGGUCUUGUCUAUUAAAAAAACGUUUUUCAGGUCUUGUCUAAGGAAAAUACCUUUUCCAGGUCUUCUUUAUGGAAAAACCUUUUCUAGGUCUUCUCCAUGGAAAAGACCUUAUCCAGGUCUUCUUUAUGGGCAAGAACUUCUCAAGUUCUCUUCUAUGGACAAUACCCCUCCAGGUUUUCCCUAUGGACAAUACCCUUUUCAGGUCUUCCCUAUUGAAAAUACCUUUUCCAAGUCUUCUUUAUGGAAAAGACAAUUUCCAGGAGAAAAGUUAACAAAAAAAUGUUUAUAAAUUUUUUUUUAUUUUCAAAAUUUUUGUAAAGACCUUAUCCAGCUCUUCUAAAGGCCUUUUCUAUGGACCUAACACUUUCCAGGUCUUGUCUAUGGACUAUACCCCCUCUAGGUCUUUGCUAUGGACAAUACCCUCUUCCGGUCUUCUCUAGGGAAAACACCCUCUUCAAGUUUUCUCUUUGGAAAAUACGUUUUCCAGGUCUUGUCUAUGGAAAAGACCUCCUGGUUUUCGAUUUAUGGGAAUAGAAACCUUCUUCAGGUCUUCUCCAUUCUUUACAAGUUUAAUAUAUCCUCGGAAAAGUUAACAAAAGAAAAUUUGUAAAACUUUAUAUUUUUCAAAAUUUCUGUAAAUUUUUUCUAAAAUAUGUCGGUAGUUGUGAUUUCACAAUAAAUUAAUUUAAAUGGAUUUUUAAAUGAUUUCAAAUAUUAUUUGAAAAGCUUGAGAAUGGAAAUUCUCCAAAUUAUAAAUAUUUUUUUUAUUUGAAAUAUUUUUUUAAAAUUACCUCCCUUUAAAAAUUAGCAAAAUCCAAUCAAUUCUCUCACCCCCAGUUGUUGUGAAAAAUUGUAUUUUUUUAUUAUUAAAAAACAAAACAACAAAUGAAGUCCCAUUUUUGCUAUUUUUUGUAAAUAUUGUAUUAAAAAAGUUAAUUAAUUAAAGAAUUAUUUGAAAUAAGUUCAAAAAAAAAAAUAAUUAGAAUAUUUUUUUUAUUGUAUCAUAAUUGCAUUUUGAGAAAGAGUUCAAAGUUCAUUGGCCAAUAGUGGAAGCAAAUCCAAGGCCAUAAACAACGAAUGACAAUUACAUUAAUAGCCGAUACCCACACCUAGCUACCUACCUACAUAUAUGCACACAUACAUAUGUCAUUAUAAUAUUCUGUCCUAAGAAGCCAGCUUUAAUUUAGAAGUAAUUACAAAACAAUUAAGAUAUAAUUUAAACUAGUUUGCAUUGUCAUAUUACGUCAUAAGUUCCAUUAGUUAACGUUCAAUAGAAAAAAAUAACACUGUGCUACAAAAAUUAAAUUACGGAAAAAAGAAUGUAUUCUUUUGGAAAGAUGUGAAUUUUUUUCAAAGUGGAAUUUUAAAAAUUAGAAGAUCUGCGAUCUUCACUAACUUUCCAAAAAGAAAAAAGUAUUUUUGUAGCCCUGUGUUGUUAUCACUCAUACCAAAUCAUAACACGUCGCCAGAGAAGUCAUUGUAUAAUACACACACACAUCCACAAUUUUUUUUAAAUCCCCCCAAUUUUUUUUUCAAUAAUAGUUAAGGAAGUAAGAAAUAAAAACAAAAACUCACGGAAAGGCUUUAUAACUUUAAGCUAAUAAAACAAAAAAAGACAAAGUUUUCAAGUCACGUUCAACUGAGAUUUAUCUUGUUAUAUAUAG